GCAGUAGUCGCGAUGAAGGAAAAAUCCAAGAACGCGGCAAAGACUAGACGGGAAAAAGAAAAUGGAGAAUUCUACGAACUGGCCAAACUCCUGCCUCUGCCCUCGGCCAUCACCUCCCAGCUGGACAAGGCGUCCAUCAUCCGCCUCACCACCAGCUACCUGAAAAUGCGAGCCGUCUUCCCCGAAGGUCUGGGCGACGCCUGGGGACAGCCAAGCAGGAUAGGGCCCUUGGAUAACGUGGCCAUGGAGCUCGGAUCCCACUUGCUUCAGACUUUAGAUGGCUUUGUUUUCGUGGUAGCAUCAGAUGGCAAAAUAAUGUACAUCUCAGAAACAGCAUCUGUACAUCUUGGCUUAUCUCAGGUGGAGCUUACUGGUAACAGCAUUUAUGAGUACAUACAUCCUUCCGAUCACGACGAGAUGACAGCUGUUCUUACUGCUCACCAGCCUCUUCAUCCUCACCUCUUACAAGAAUAUGAAAUUGAGAGGUCAUUUUUCCUGAGAAUGAAGUGUGUCCUAGCCAAGAGGAAUGCAGGAUUGACAUGUAGUGGCUACAAGGUGAUCCACUGCAGUGGCUAUUUGAAGAUACGGCAGUAUAUGCUAGAUAUGUCUUUGUAUGAUUCCUGUUACCAAAUCGUUGGACUGGUGGCUGUAGGUCAAUCUUUACCUCCCAGUGCAAUCACUGAGAUCAAACUUCACAGCAACAUGUUUAUGUUCAGAGCAAGUUUGGACUUAAAAUUAAUAUUCCUAGAUUCCAGGGUGACUGAAUUAACUGGAUAUGAGCCCCAAGACCUGAUAGAAAAAACCCUCUACCACCAUGCUCAUGGCUGUGAUGUGUUCCAUUUACGAUAUGCUCAUCAUUUGUUGUUGGUGAAAGGCCAAGUCACAACCAAGUACUAUCGACUACUGUCCAAGCACGGAGGCUGGGUUUGGGUACAGAGCUAUGCUACUAUUGUGCAUAACAGCCGUUCAUCACGGCCUCACUGCAUAGUGAGUGUCAAUUAUGUCCUUACAGAUAUUGAGUAUAAGGAACUUCAGUUGUCACUGGACCAGGUUACCAUUUCUAAAUCACAGUUUUCAUGCAGAAACUCAGUAUCUACCUCGCAGGAAACAAGGAGAAUAGUGAAACCCAAAAGUAAUAAAAUGAAGGCAAAACUCAGAACAACGCCUUACCCACAACAGCAAUACAGCUCAUUCCAAACAGACAAACUGGAAUGCAGCCAGGUGGGAAACUGGCGAUCCAGCACUGCAGUGAACGCUGCCACCAUUCAAGAACAAAACUUCCAUUCAGAAAACAGUGAACUUUUAUAUGCCCCCUCAUAUAGCUUGCCUUUCUCUUACCAUUAUGGACACUUCCCUGUAGAUUCUCAUGUCUUCAGUAGCAAAAAGCAAAUGCUGCCUUCAAAGUUUGGGCAGUCUCAAGGAGCACCUUGUGAAGUGGCUCGAUUUUUCUUGAGUACGCUGCAGACAAAUGGAGAAUGCCAGUGGCAUUAUGCCAACUCCUUGGUACCUAACAGCCAGUCACCAUCCAAAAAUCUUCCUGAUCAGCCGGUCAACAUCAUCCGACACAAUCUUGCACAGAGUUAUGAAGCGCCCAUAUCAAACAGAAGAUACAGCCAAGAAGCUCUAUCUGACAACUUUACAAGCUGUGCAGCACCCAUGCCAGGCAGCAGAUACAAAGAAGAGAUUUACGAUUCCAGCAUCAUGAAACCCAACAAAAUAGACACCAGGAUCCAGACACCUCACCACCUCAUUAAAGAAGAAAACAAAUUAGCUUUUAACAGAGAUCUGCAAGAAAAAAUGAGCAUUAAUGAAAGUUCUUUUUCAAACGCAAUAGCCAGCUCCUUGCUGCCAAAAUCUGAAUGUUUCCAGUCUAAAGCUAUAGGACAGUUAAGUCAUCUCCUGCCAAUGCCCUCAGUUUAUGAGCAAACAAGAAGGAUUUGUAUGAAAGAACCCAAGUAUGGGCACAUUAGUCACCAUGCUACAAAUCUAGAUGAACUGGACAAUGAUGAGAGAAUGACUGUAAAGCUUGAUCAUGACACUGAAAGUGAACGUGUGAUGGAUGUGAGACCCUCUGGACAAGUUCCAUUUGUGCUUCUAAAUUAUCACCAUGUUUUAGCAAAACAUGGUACAUUUCAAACUUCAUCAUGUACAGCAACAGGACACGUAGGAGAAAAUUAUGGAUACAAUUCCGAGGAAGUAAAUACAUUUAUUUACAAAAACCAAAGCCCCUCAUCAGCUUCUUCUCCAGAAACCCACAAGGAAUCUGCACUACCCCAUUAUAUUGGAACGUCUGUAAUAAUAGCCAAUGGAAGGUGACAGUAAUAGAGGAGUAUUUACAUUUUAUUAAGAAGCCAAACUGUAAUGAUUUGCAAAAAGCAUGAGAAAACAUGGUUACAUUUACUGAGCAUAGCUGAAAGUCAGUGAGGGACAGACUCGUGUACUCCUGGCAAGCCACAGUGUAACAGUACCUUCAAGGACAGGAAAAAACCCUACAUCUAGCUUCCAUGUUUCGUUGUCACAGAUUAAGCUCUGGUGCCAGUGAGAAGACAUGUUACAGAUCUUAUUUUUGUUAUUUUAUAGUGUGCAACAAAAUUAAAUGAUAGGUGUUAUAUGCAGAGAUUUAUAUGAAGAACAUUUUUUUCCUUAACCCCUCCUUCUCAAAAUACAUUCAAGAUUUUUUUAUCAUUGUCAUAAACUUUACACUCUAGUUUAGGUACUUUUGACAAACGGUGUGAAACUUUAUAUCAACUCUUCACCCAUGUGUUAAACACCCUGACAAACAAACUUUGUUUAAAGAGUGGUGAUUUUUAGUAUCUGUACUACAGCUGUACUAACUAAACAGAACUCAGUUUGGAGAAAGUUUAUUUAUUAAUUAUCCAAAAGUUUUUAAACUAAGUAAAUGAAAUCUGAAUUUCAUUUCUUUAACAUAGAUUUCACCAAUUUCAGAUUGUUACCACCACCAUUUACCUUGACAAGGAACGAUAUGACAAACUAAUACAUACAUAGAUAUCUAUUAAAGGGUCUUGCCAUGGCAAAUUGGGACAAAUCAUGUAGCAAGAGCUAAUCACUAUUCCCCAUAAAAUGUAAUAAGAAAAAGAAACUUCCAAAACAUGUGUUUCACUGAUUGUUCUGGAGAAAGCUGUGCAGAUUUUCAAACCAGGUAGUCAAAAAUACAUCUUAAUAAUAGCACCAGAAAUGUUUUCUUUAUAGUCAAGGGAAUAAUAAACAUUUAUGCUUUAUUUUAAACUUACCAGUAGAGUAGACUUCUGAAGUUUGCAAGGUUCGGCUUUUAACACACUGAGUUUCCUUAAGCAUAAAUCUCAUUGUCAGCACAAAGGUGAGAUUAAUAUUUGACUGAUUCGUGCACUUCACAAAUAAUUCCAGCGGACAGUCCAAAUUUGGAAGACCGAAAGUCAUUGCACAGCCACAAAACCCCAAGUUGCACUUGAAGCAAAGCAGGGCCGGAGCACACCAGGGUUUGAGGCUGAGCACUCUGCACAUGUCUCUGUUUGUGCUCGUAAACUGUAGCGAGAGAGAAGCAUACAGCACACAUCGACAUUUUGUCCAGCCUGUUAGCAAUAGAUUCCCCCUUUUUUUACUUCUUUGUAAAAUUUACAAGUGACAUAUGGAUCCAUCAGUGUUUGACAAUAGACAGCCCACUUUGUUUUUCAGACACUUUCCCAAACAUUGUGUGCUCUUGAUAACACAAUGAAUGACUCUCUGUAUCAGGCUGUAACUACCAACAAUAGAGGUUGUUGUAGGUGCAGGUCAGCUACACUUAGUUGUUUCUUGGCCCAAUUCAAGGCUAAUAUAUACUUUUAAAUCUUUCUCUCUUUUAUCAGACUCUCUCUAAAGAGACUUCAACUGGGGAAAACGCUUAUCUGGCUAGUGCAAUAUGGGAAAACAUUUGCUCAUGGAUUGCACCUUGUCAGAUAAUAAUGUAAUGAAAUACACAUCUCCUCUAAAAAUCACGGUCUCUCUCUUUUACAUGCAGCAAUAAUAUUCAGUCACCUCGUCUAUGUAUGAAUAUUUAUUGCUAUGAGUACACAGAAGUACUUUUAAGACAUGUUUGAAAUUACGAUUUUCAGUAUUUGUAUUGCUUCCUAUUAAAAGGUUAACAGAGAAGGCUUUAUUAUCAAGUUCAGUUGGUGUUCACUUGGAAGCUCACAGUUGUCUGAAUUUUUCAUGUGCUGAAGAAACAUGAAAAAUAUCUUGUGUGAAAAAUAUAACAAAAAAUACCUCAUCAGCCAUUACCAGCAUAGAACCAAAGCAGCGCAUUCACUCAGUGUAACUGAGCACCCCUUCGUUCAUCCAACACUAAAGAAGUCAGCAAGUCUACAGAAAUGUUACGGGUGAAUAAAAGAAAUGUUAUGAGUGAAUACUAUUGUCAGUCUGACUUCAUACAUUGAAGAAAUGAGCCACAGGUUGGUUUUUACCAUGGCUUUGGCUCAUAGCCUUCCCAGCUAGGGCCACUAAUGAAUGGACCCAACUCCUUAAAAGAUACAAUUAUGCUAAGACCUGUAUGUUAAUUUUGUUAAAUGAAAACCAUGCCCUAUAAAGGAGUAACUGACAUUGUUUGCAUCAUUAAAAAGAAACCUGAUGCACAGCUCUCAUGCUACACUUUUCUCUGUACCUCAUUAGUGGCAUUGCUGCACAUAGAGUCAAUCUGGUGGUUUUUUCUGUUCUUGCAAGUACUUCUCACUAUAAAAACAUGUUUUCAGGAAGGCACAAAUUAGGCUUCGGUUAAAAAAAUGCCACUGAUAUUUUUCAGUAAAAUACCACAAAAUAUUUUUCCAGCGUCUACCUUGUUAUUCACACUUCCAGGCUUUAUUCAAUGAGCCUGAGUGGAGGAGGUGUUCCAUCAUUCUCCCACAGAUGUUUUAUGGCAUGGGAUAUUCAGGUACAUGAACUUUCCCUGUUGGGCAAUAAUGAAGCAAUUACACAUUCACAUAUGAUAAUACAGGGUAGGGUUUAGAAAAGACCUGUGAUUAAAAAAGCAAAUGAAAUGUGUGAAACAUUUUUCCUGCCACUCCAGAACAGAAACAGCAAUUGCAUGUUCACAUCUGUAAUGUGAAUAAAUUAUAUUAAGAGAAAAAAGAUGACGUUUAGUCAGUUAAAUCACAGAUGUUCAUAGCAGACUUGUAGGGCAGAAUGCAGCACAGCUAGUGACAGUGGCAGUGUUUUUAAUAAUUGGAAAAAAUUAUGUCACGGAAGUGGAAUGUGAAUUGGAAUAUAUUAUGAAAAAUAACCUCAUUUCUCUCUACUGCACUCAUCUGAGCCACUACAGACACCUCUGUCUUGUGACUUGAUAGGAUUUUAACUCUUAGGGGAGUUCAGAUUGAGCAAGUAAACGAUAGGGAGAAAAAGAGAGAGAGAGUGAGAGAGGGAAUAUUUUACCAAAAUGUAAAGUUGGAAACAUUAAUCCCAUGCUGAGGUUUCAAAGUUUUUAUCUUAUUAGUAGAAACAUCACAGUGUAAAUAAUGUGAUAAGGAAACAGACUUCUCUCCAGGUCAUGGUAGCCCUGUAAUCUGAAAAAGGAUAUUAAAGGAAUUUAAUGAAAUGAAGCACAGCAGACAGCAGAUGUAGAAUAGGAGAAGGUAUCACUGAGAGAAAGUGCCAAUGAAUGGGAAACCUGCCAGAAUACCAGUGUUUCUCUAAACACCACAAAACAGGACACCAAGUAUUUUUUUCAACCUUUCAGUCAUACAACACAUAGAAAAUGUUAAAAUGUUAUUAUUCCAUUUUUUCUGAACAUUAGAUUUUGCUUUUUUUAUAUGAUGCAGAUAAAAGCUAUUUGGCAAAUGUAGGUGAAAAAGCACGCAAACCAAACAACCUAUUAAUGCUCAGAAUUAUAUAUGUAUUCCCUAAAAAUGUAAAGCAUUUUUGCUUAUUUAUUAUGUAAAACAAAACUCUUAAACUGUUAAUAAAAUCCUGUAGCC